UUUACUUUAUAUCCGUAAUAAAUUAUAAGUAAAAAGAAAAUUAAAUUUUAUAGAUUAUUAUUUAAUUUUAAAGAAAAAAAAGAUGGAAAUUGAACUAAAGGAAGAACAAAUAACUUUCCCAGAAGAAAAAUAUGAAUAUUUGGAUCAUACUGCUGAUGUUCAAUUACAUGCAUGGGGGGAUACACUUAAAGAGGCUUUUGAGCAAUGUGGUAUGGCAAUGUUUGCAUAUAUGACAGAUUUACGUUAUGUUACAAUUAGAAAUUGCUUUAAAAUAGAAGCAAAUGGUGAUGAUUUAGAAAAUUUAUUAUUUCAUUUCUUAGACGAAUUGUUAUUUUUAUUUUCUGCUGAACCAUAUCUAAUUUGCAAGAAAGUAGAUAUAACUAAAUUUGAUAUAGAAAAUUUUCAAAUAGAAUGUUUAUGUUAUGGAGAAGAAUUUGAAAUUGGUAAACAUCCACAAGGUACUGAAGUUAAAGCAAUAACAUAUUCAGCAAUGCAAAUACAUCAACAGCCAGAAAAAAAUUAUUAUGAAGUAUUUGUUAUUAUCGACAUUUAAUGCAAAAUAAUAUGAACACGCAUAUUGAAUUUUUGGACUAAAGUACCUAACUAUCUACUUUGUGUAUUUUGUUUUUAUUAUAAAUGAUAUAUGUUUAAUAUUGCGAAAGAAAGCAAUAAAAGUGACUAAAUUUUUAAAAAAAAAAUUCCAUAUUUUUGAAAAUAAAAUAUGAUAAACUAAACUUGAUAAGAAUUAAAUAUUUUUGAUAAAAUGACAA